GAGCCUCGGCGUGGCUCCUUGCGCAAGCUCUUCACGGCCGUAAUGUGGCCCAUCCUCGUGGCGAGCACGGCCGUCAACCCCGCCGCCACGCUGUCGCCGGCAGGUCUGCGUGUUUGGCUCACCGAAGAGGGCGUCGCGAUGCUCGAGCGGAGCCUGGCUCCCGUCCUCGGAAGCAUCGUGUGCGCAGCGCCGGUACCACGCAUCGCCCGCUCCUUCCCGGGCCUCGAGGUGACCGUCGACCACAUGCGUCUCUUCGACUGCGAGACGGAUGCGCUAUCCCUGUCGCCGGCAGUCGCAGUCGAAGGCGACGUGCUCGCCAUCCAAGUCGACGGCCUCUCGGCGCAGUUUAUGGCAGACUACUGCUGGGGCACGGGGUGGGGAUGGGCCACGAUAUGGCAGUGCGGGCCCGUGGAGGGGACGCUCAAGAACGGGUCGUCCGCCAGCCUGACGCUCACUGCGCGGCGCGGCGCCUCGGGCAGCCUCGAGCUGGGCGCGCGGGAGGUGUCGAUCGUGCCGGACGUGGGCCACGUGGCGCUGCAGGUCGCGUUUGGACUCGGCGGCGCCUUUGACGGCCUCGGCGGGCUCAACGGCAUCUUUGGCAUCUUGCUCGGUCCGGUGGUGGGCGACUUGCUCGGCACCGUGCUCACCAACGCCACGGCGGCCCUCGCCGACGCCCCCUCCCGCCUGACGCUUCCCGACGUGACGGCGGAGGGCGGCCUGGUCCGGCCGACUCCGCUCACUCCGGAGGCGCUUCCGGCGGCGGCGCACUCAACCUACCUCGACACGUCCCUCCUCUCCCUCGGCUGGAUCAACGCGUCCUCCGCCCUCGCGAGCGGCGUUGGAGCGGCCCCGUCCAACCCGGCCCCGUCCAACCUCUUCUCGGUCGACAUCCGCUGCUCGCUCAACGACUCGCGCGCCGCCGGCGCCGCGCCCGCCGACGCGCCGGGCGGCGGCGGCGGCGGCACGGAGGCGGCCCUCGCGGGCAAGGCUGCUCUGCGCCAGACAGCGGACGCCGGCUCGCCUCAGCAGCCUCCGCCCCGGCACGAGGGGUACAUGGCGAGCGUCGCGCUCUCGUCGCUGCCCUUCUCCACCGCCAUCGAGACGGCCCGCAAGCUCGGCCACCUCACCUACCGCCUCUCGACCGCCACGCUGCUCUCCCCCGCCCUGUGGCGCGGCGGGCACUACGGCCUCGACGCCGUCCUCUCACCCUCCGUCUCCUUUGGCCCCGCCGAGUGGGCAGGCGGCGGCCCGGCCCGCGCGACCGCAUCGGGCGGACGGUUCGCCGUCGACCUCACCGCCGCCCUCACCUCGGCCGGCGGAGGGGGCCUGAGCUCCACCCUCGUCGCGCACGCCUCCACCGUCGGCGGCGUCGCUUCGCGCGACGUGAGCGGCGAGUGGCGCGCGCGGUGGGCGGGCGUCUCGCGCGCUUCGGCGCAGCUCGGCGCGUGCGAGCCGUCGGAGGCGCGCGUCGCCGCGCUGGGCGACGGCGCCAUCAGCGGCGAGGCUAGCUCGCCGCUGCUGCAGCUCUGGUGGCGGCCCGCUUCGGAGGUCGAGCUGCUCGCGUGCGAGGCGGCGGUCCUGUGCUCGCUCACGGGCCUGCCCGCGGCGGGCCCCGCCCCGUCCGCUCUCUCCUCCUUGGCGGCGCUCGACACGCUGCGGAGCGCCGCAGUCGCCGUGUCGGGCGAGGCGGCGGCGCCCCUCACCGCGUGCGCCGCUGCUGCCGUCGCAAAGGGGGGGUCGCAGAGGCCGUCCACCGCACUCCGGUGCGCCGCCGCGGCGCUGCGGUCGCCGCUCGACGCCGCAGAGCCAAAGGCGGACAUCGCUCUGUCGGACUUGAUGCUCGGAGACGCGCACGCUCUGUACGCCUCUGGCCGCGCCGCCGCGGCAGAGGCGACCGAGCACGGCGCGGCGGCGUUGGCGGCGAUCGCCAUCGCGGACUGCUUGGGGGGCGGCACGCCCGGCGUCUCCCUGCGCGAGGGCGCCGGCGCCGGGGCCGACAACUUGCGCGCCAUCGCCUCCCACCUCGCGCCGCUCGGCCGGUGCGCGCUCGGCGCCGCCCGCGGGCCGCUUGACGACCUCGGCGCCGCGCUCGACUCCCUCUCGGGCGGCACCCCCGCCGCCGCCCUGGCGCGCGAGGCGCUGCUCCGCCCGUCGGACGAGCUCGCUUGCCUCGUCCACCAGCCGCCCGACGCGCCAGCCUCCUUUGCCGCGUCGCUCGACUGCGCCCUCGCCGCCUC